AUGGAGUUUGCUCAUCUAUCCGUUUUAGCUCUAUUUUGUCUGGCUCUAAUGGGAACCGAUGCGUCGCAAUCCGCUGAAGAUUACUGGCAAUCCGUUUGGCCAAACACUCCUCUACCCAAGCCUCUCUGGGAUCUCCUGCUUCCUUACAGCGGAAAUAAUCUGCCCAUCAAAGCCGAAGAUGAGAAGCAGUAUUGGACUGUCUUUUUUGAACAUGACCUUCAUCCAAGCAAGAAAAUUAGUUUGGGUUUCGACAAACCUUCUAAUAAUCAGCCUUCUGGAGUAGCAAGACAACCUUUAGGAGGAUGGAUAUGGAGGGAAAAAGACAGAUAUACUGUUCUUGAAUUUUGUCAGAGCCCAGCAACUUUAGGAGAAGAAAAGUACUGUGGAACAUCACUUGAAUCAAUGAUGGAUUUCGCCAUUUCAAAACUUGGGAAGAAUAUUAAGGCGAUUUCGAGUUCGUUUGUCCAAAAUCAGGACCAAUAUAUUGUGCAGGAAGUGAAGAAAAUUGGAGAAAAAGCAGUGAUGUGUCAUAGACUAAAUUUGAAAAAUGUUGUAUUUUAUUGCCAUGUAAUCAAUGCAACAACAAGUUACAUUGUACCGUUAGUGGCCUCUGAUGGAACUAAAGCCGAGGCACUAGCUAUGUGUCACCAUGAUACAAGAGGCAUGGAUCCCGUUGUGCUUAAAGAAGUUCUCAAAGUCAAACCUGGAACCGUCACUGUUUGUCAUUUCAUGGGUAAUAAGUCCUUUAUUUGGGUACCUAUUCUCCCCGUCACUGAGUCUGACCAUCCUUGUGUCAUCUAG